UGGGCCUCAAGUAUACAUACACAUCACGUCAUUCGUACAUCGUUUUUUUAUUCGCACAGAGAGAGACUCGCAGAUUUGAUAGAGAGAAGUCAUAUUUGGUCGCAAAAGAUGAAGAAGGAAGACACAGUGAAGCUGAUCAGCGCCGAUGGUUUCGAAUUCGUCAUCGACAAGAAGGCCGCAAUGGUCUCUCAGACCAUCCGUAACAUGCUUACCUCUCCAGGGAGCUUCGCUGAAACGCAGCACGGAGAAGUGACUUUCCCGGAGAUCAGCACCACAAUUCUUGAGAAGAUCUGCCAGUACUUUCACUGGUCUCUCCAAUAUGCCAGAAGUAUUUCUGUUGGCAGUGGGAAGGAGACUGAGUUCCAUAUUGAACCCGAGCUGACCCUGGAGCUGAUGAUGGCUGCUAAUUAUCUCCACACUUGAGAGGAUAACCUCUUCUUGCUUCUUGGGCAACGAGACCUGUUAAGCAUUGGAUACUCGAGAGUGUGUUUGUUGCCCAACGUACAAAGAUCUGAAUAUUGCUGUAACAAGUUUUCCCGGUCUUCUUUCAGUGUCAUGUUGCACUGGGAACAAUGGUAGGAACUCAACUGGAUGCAGAUAUUGAAGGAUGUUAUAUUGGCAAACUUCUAAAAGCAAAGGGUAUAUAUAUUGGUUUGGUCUUCAAGUUGUGCUUUAGGUGGAUUGCUUUGUUCUUGGUUUAUCUACCUAAUGCAAAUGCAGUAGUGUAAUUGAUGAACAGUAAUUGGAUGAUGGAGACAAAUAAAAACAUUUCACCUAAAUAAAUUUGUUUAUCAUUAAUCACAAAAAUAUUUUUUCCUUGA